AUGGCUCGAGUGAAAGGCGCACCCCGCGUAGAUCGAACCCCGGUUCCCGGCCCGAACCCUCAUGCGUUACCGGAAAUUCGCUACCGCGGCGUUCGGAAGCGGCCAUGGGGCCGAUACGCGGCGGAGAUAAGAGAUCCGUGGAAGAAAGCCCGUGUCUGGUUGGGCACUUUUGAUUCUGCAAUUCAGGCGGCCCGGGCUUACGACACAGCUGCUAUCUCCUUCCGCGGCGACAAGGCGAAGACCAAUUUCCCUAUCCCUGAGGUUAUUGCGGUUCUGCGUCCUCUUCCUCCUCCACCACCUCCGGAUAACCGUAGGGCGAAUGCACCGGUGCUUGCGAGAGCAGACAAUACGGUUUAUAUGAAUUAUCCUACUUCGAGCGGGAUGAGUAGUACCGUGGAGUCCUUCAGUGGACCAAGGGUUGGUUCUUCUUCAACCUCGAGGGUUCCUGUGUUUGUUCCGGUUAAUCCUAGACCGGUUGUUGCUGCUGCUGGUGAAGGUUAUCACAGUGAUUGUGAUUCUUCUUCGUCUGUGGUUGAUGCUGAUGACGAUGAAGAUUGUGUCAUCAUUUAUUCAUCCGUUCGGAAGCCGCAGCCGCGUGAUAUUGAUCUCAAUUUGCCUGCCCCGCUCAAUUACAAUGAUGAAGAGAUCACCGCACUCCGCCUCUGA